ACACACCAUACACAACCAGUUUUCUAUCAAAACACCUUCAAGCGAUAGCAAGAUUUUGGAUAAGAUUUGGACCACAGUCUGCAGAUUGGUCAGUGUGUUGCAUGGCAGGAAACUUUAGAGCUGACUGAGUUUUUCCUGGUCACAUAAAACUUCAGGAUAAGAUGACAGAAACUCCCCUAAAACAAUGGAAGAGUGGUCUCUUUGACUGCUUUGAAGAUGCCAAUACUUGUUGCUAUGGCUUCUGGUGCUGCCCUUUCCUUGCCUGCACUGUUUCAAGAAGAUUUGGAGAGAACCCCUGUCUGCCUUUAUGUGACAUGCUGGUUUCAUCUACAGUUGUAGUGUUUGGGGUUUCUUUUGUUAUUCCCCCUGUAGCGUUGUCUUUGAGGGCUUCCAUUCGUAACAAACGUGGAUUAAAGGGUUCCCUCUACAGCGACAUUUUGACUUCAUGUUGCUGUGUCUGGUGCUCCUGGUGCCAGAUGCAUCGUGAGCUGAAGGAGAGAACUCCUCUCGUUGUUGUGAUGCAGCAGCCCGUGACGAUGCAGCCCCCAACUGUGGUCAACGUGCAGGCUAAUCCGGUCAUGAUGGUUAAUCAAAACUCUGCUCCACUUCCUGUUGGUUUUCAAAACUUUCCUCAAACUCCUGGUGGGUUUCAAAAUCCUCCUCAAAAUCCUGGUGGGUUUCAAAAUCCUGGUGGGUUUCAAAAUCCUCCUCAAAAUCCUGGUGGGUUUCAAAAUCCUGGUGGGUUUCAGAAUCCUCCUCCAUAUCCUGAGGAAUUUCAAAAUUCUCCUCAAAAUCCUGGUGGGUUUCAAAAGCCUCCUCCAUAUCCUGAGGAAUUUCAAAAUCCUCCUCAAAAUCCUGGUGGGUUUCAAAAUCUUCCUCAAAAUCCUGGUGGGUUUCAAAAUUCUCAAACCCCUGAUGGAUUUUAAAAUCCUUCCUGUUGGUUUGAAUUCCUAACAGAAACUGAACAUAUUUGUUAACGUUUACGUUCUUCAGAUAAGUCGUGAUCAUGUUGGGGUGUAAUGUUUACUUUAUCCAGUAAAUUCACUGUCAGUGCUUCAAAUAAAAGUGAAGAGAGUUGAAUAUGACUUUGAGUUCCUACGUAUAUUAACCUUCUUAUAAACAUUGUAUACUUGUUAAUCAAUUUGAAAUAAAAAAACAUAAGUCCAACAACAAAAA